ACAAAAAAAUAUAUGAAAAAAUAAGAAAAAAAAAAAAACAUUUUGAACAACCAAUAAACAUUAAAAUAUAAAAAAACAAAUAAAUUUUGUUAGUAUUUUUCAUUAAAAGUACCGCAAGAAGCGAUACUAACUUCUUAAUAUGCAAACAGUAGCAUUAUAGCAACCCGAUUACUAUAGGACUGUAAUAAAUUCGAUUCUAUUUUCUGCUAACUUUAGUGAUUCAGCCAUAUAAGGUGGAUCAACUAUAGUCUUAACUAUUGAACAGUGUAUAGUCUGAAUCAGAAAUCAGUCUAUAAACUUGACUAUAAAAUAGUCAAUAACCUUGACACCAUAUCAAUUUCUAAUCUUGAUUUUAGCUCCUAACUGUAGACCAGUCUACCGUUCUUAACUGUAGAUAGUCUAUAGUCUAUAGUGUUGACUAUAGAUCUUAUAGGCUUGACUAGAUAAGUCUUCACUAUUGAACAGUGUGAAUCAGAGAUCAGUCUAGAAACUUGACUCCAGAUCAAUUUCUAAUCUUGAUUUUAGAUCGGUCUAUAGUUCUUAACUGUAGAUCAGUCUAUAGUGUUGACUAUAGAUCAGUCUAUAGGCUUGACUAGUUAAAUCUUCACGAUUGAACAGUCUAUAGUCUGAAUCAGAGAUCGGUCUAGAAACUUGACUAUAAAUUACCAAUAACCUUGACUUCAGAUCAAUUUAUAAUCUUGAUUUUAGAUCAGUCUAUAGUUCUUAACUGUAGAUCAGUCUAUAGUGUUGACUAUAGAUCAGUCUAUAGGCUUGACUAGUUAAGUCUUCACUAUUGAACAGUCUAUAUUCUGAAUCAGAGAUCAGUCUAGAAACUUGACUCCAGAUCAAUUUCUAAUCUUGAUUUUAGAUCAGUCUAUAGUUCUUAACUGUAGAUCAGUCUAUAGUGUUGACUAUAGAUCAGCCUAUAGGCUUGACUAGUUAAAUCUUCACUAUUGAACAGUCUAUAGUCUGAAUCAGAGAUCAGUCUAGAAACUUGACUAUAAAUUACCAAUAACCUUGACUCCCGAUCAAUUUCUAAUCUUGAUUUAAGAUCAGUCUAUAGUUCUUAACCGUAGUUCAGUCUAUAGUUCUCAACUAUAGAUCAGUCUAGUUGACUAGUUAAAUCUUCACUAUUGAAUAGUUUGAAUCAGCGAUCAGUCUAGAAACUUGGCUAUAAAUAAGUCAAUAACCUUGACUCCAGAUCAAUUUACAAUCUUGAUUUUAGAUUUGUUUAUAGUUCUUAACUGUAGAUCAGUUUAUAGGCUUGACUAUAGAUCAGUCUGUAGGCUUGUCUAGUUUAAUCUUCACUAUUGAACAGUCUAUAGUCUGAAUCAGAGAUCCGUCUAUAAACUUGACUAUAAAUUAGUCAACAACCUUGACUCCAGAUCAAUUUCUAAUAUUGAUUUUAGAUCAGUCUAUAGUUUUUAACUGUAGAUCAGUCUAUAGUGUGGACUAUAGAUCAGGCUUGACUAUAUAGUAGACUAUAAUCACUAGUUCACUAUUGAACAGUUAAAAAUAGAUAAGACACUGUGGACUAAGAUACCAUUAGUACAUUCUUGGUAAUGCUUUGAAAUUAAACUGUCAAAAUCAAUCAUAUUUUGAUGAUUUCGUUUAACCAUUAAAUGACAACCUUAUCAACAAUUCGAGAGGUAAAACAUAUACACACUUUUCUAGCUCAAACUUAUCGCUGGUCCAACAAAUUGUAUAUUUUUUCAUCACAUUAACUUUAAAAUGAAUGUGAGAUAUUAUCUUUCUAAAUCAGAUAUUUUCAACUGUUAUUUUGGUUAAAAUGGACUCAGAGAAAAUGAAAUAAUUAAAACUGGGCUAUCAUAACUAACUAUCAUAGCAAAGGAUCUGAAGGGUUAUCUUCCACACAAGAUGAGGGGACCCGAUCAUUACGAAAUUCGACUGGGUCAUCAAACCUUCUAUUAAACUUGUAAGUUGGUUAGUUAGUUUGAAAGGAGUAUGUACAUAGAUCAAAUCCGAAGAAAAACAUCUAGGCCUGUAUCGGGUCUGUUAUGCGCUCCUUAGCCAGUGCCUCAGAUGGGAAUCUAACCCACUACCUCCGGUCUACUAGCUUAGAACACUAGCAUUUUAACCCUUUUUCAGAAGUUUCAUCUUUAGUGAAAUAUCUUGACUUAUCACAUAGACGGACGGAUGGAAGGAUGGACAGGGGGAAUUUGCUAAUCGACUCAGAAAAUAAUUCAGAUUGAUAUAAUUUUAGUUGGAUAUAGGACUUUGGGUAUUACAAACACAAACGCAUAAUACCCUCUCAAGUAUAGUAAAAUAAAAAAGUUAUUUAAAUCGAGUCAACAUUUUACCAUCAUAUUAUCUUAACGAAAAUUUCAAACUCUUUUGUAAUUACAAAUUCAAAAGUAAACAAAUUAUAAUUAUACUAUGAUUAUACCAAAAUAUAUACUUUUAACACAACAAAAAAAAAAAAGAGAUCCUUACAGUUUUUCCCUACAGGAUAACAAUACAAUGGUAAGCUUUAGCAAAACCAAAAAACAAUAAAUUAAAAUAAACAUUAUAGCAUUAUAUCUUUAGAAUAUCUGCCUAAAAUAUUUUUUUAGUUCAAAUUUUUAGUUUGACAACUCCUAUUUUCAUAUUUGUUUAGUAAAAUCAUCUUAAUAAUUAAAUGUUUUUUUUUAACUAAAUGUUGUGUGUAUUUAUAAUUAGACGCAUGUUUAUCUACAUUUUAUAAUAAAAUAUUGGCUUUUUAAUUUUACAAAUGAUACAAAAAAAGUAAACCUUUAAACCUUGAAAUCCUAUAAACAUAUAAAAUACCCUCAAUUGCCUACUAAUACUAAUAUUGAUUAUUUAUUUCUUUAUUUUUUGUUUUUAUUUUUUUUUUUAACAUCCAACAAAAGCUGUUACGUAAUUUUGGUAUGGCCACCAGAUGUCCUACGCCAUUUGCUUUUCCCUUUACACCUUUGGGUUUGAGUUUAUUUGAUAUUGAUCCGUCCAGAAUAUUAACCAUGUUGCAUCAUCAAACUUGGUUAGCAGAGGAAGCUUUAAGAAAUCGCGGUUUGCUAACACCACCUCCUACAUCUAAGGACUUUAGCCAACGUUUUAAUCCUUUAAGCGAUUUACUUUCCAAAGAUUAUCAUGCCAAUCAUAUGCAUCUUAACACUGCCGAUUUAUUAGCUAGAUCCUCAUUAUCAUCAGCAGCUUUAGCUGCCACCGCAUCCUCUGCAGCCCAUUUUGGAGGGCCUACCGAUUUAGCUAGUAAACAAACACAGCAACACCGUUCCACACCACAGCAACAGCAGUACAAACAACAACAACAGCAACCACCUUUUAAUAUACGUUAUCCGUCACCAGCUGCAUUUUUUCAUCAGCAACAUCAUCAACAACAAUUGCAGCAACAAUUACAAACACAAAAACUAACCAAGUCAACUAGACAAAGCACACCCUCACCUCAACAAACUGCCACCUCCAGCGGUCCAUCCCUGUUGAGUGCUUCAUCUUCGACAUCCUUAUCAUCUCUACACAAAAGCUCCGAAAGAUCUAUAACCCCCUGUCACAAAGACGAUGACAAUGAUGGCGUUAUCGAAUUGACAACCAGCCAUCAUGAUGAAGCUGCUGCUAUAAGAGAUCGUGAUAGUGGCAAUUCAAGUGCCGCCACUACCAGUUCCAUUACCUCAUCGAUGCUUUAUAAAGAUUCCUUAGAACAACUAUUACAACGCCGUCAUUCCAGUGGAAUGAUGACGGGUGAAGCGAGUUUAAAGUCGUAUUCACAGCUCUUGCUGAAUUCAACAACUCCAACUGAUACCUCAAGUUGCAAGGAGAAAAGCUCCUCUUCAUCUACCUCAUCUACGCCACCACCGGCUCCAGGAACACCAGGACAAUUGUCGCUCAGCCGCAGCAGUCUGCUGAAAAGUCCCUCGGAUACCUCAUCACUGUUUAGUGAGCCCAUUGAGGAGGAGACCCGCUGUAUAGUGUGCAAUGCUCAGUUUCCCAAUGUUUGGCUAUUGGAACAACAUGCCGCUCUGCAACAUCCCCUUUUGGGACCAGGUGAGGAAAAACCUUUUAUUUGUGAACAAUGUGGUCAAUCCUAUCGAUAUCGUUCAGCUUAUGCCAAACACAAAGAAACCAAUCAUCGGGCCCGUUUACCGGCGGAUAAACUUUUUACAUGUGACGUUUGUGGCAUGCAGUUUCGCUAUUUGAAAUCGUUCAAAAAGCACAGAUUGAAUCAUGCCUUAGAACGUUUACAUGGCAAAAAGGGUAAGAAUCCAUUUGCUGCACAUUUGCAACAACAGUUGCAGGAACACGAAAUGGUCAGCAGUUCUCAGGAGCCGAAUAUGAUGAUGGCCGACACCGAUACUGUCGAAGAUUUGCGUAUUAAUAUUAAAAAGGAGCGUGAGGAAGAGGAACAACAGCUGCAGCAUCAGCAACAACAGCUUAAACACGAUGAUGAACAAGAUGCCACCGUAGAUUCCGCCGGUUUAAUGAGUUAUCAGGAAAAUCAGACCUCGGCCAAUACAACAAUUCAGACCAACAGCAAUGAGCCUAACAUAAGCAGCUCUGAAGGAAUACAUAGUACAAAUAAGAGGCCUCGUCUACUUCAAGCAUCUCUAACCAGUCAUAUUGAAACGGAUUCCUCCUAUCACUCAAAUCAUCAACAGCAACAUCCACCACCGCCACCACCACAACAUCACCCACAUACUCUGGUACAUCACCCACACUUAGCACCUCAACUGCCUGGCCAUUUGGCUCAUAAUAUGUCGGCUAUGGCUGCUGCAGCAGCUGCCGCAACCACACCCCAACAUCAGCAACAAAUGACACCUCAAACUGCACAGCAAGCAGCAGUGGCAGCUGCUGCUGCCGCCGCCAAUUCCAUGAAUUCUUUAAAUUCUCUUAAUUCUAUAACGUCACUAAUCAAUGCUGAACGUUUGCCCAACGAACAAUUUUUGGGUCUUAAUCCACAAGAAGCCUCUAUACUCAAUUUCUUACGGGUGGAUGCUCAGGAAAGGCAAAGAGACAAGAGACCUCCUGCCUCCCGUUUUGCUUGCCCGUUCUGUGGUAAAUGUGUACGUUCUAAGGAGAAUCUAAAAUUGCAUGUACGCAAACAUACCGGUGAACGUCCAUUUGUUUGCCUCUUCUGCGGUCGUGCUUUCGGUGGCAAAUCCGAUUUAACACGUCAUUUACGUAUACACACCGGUGAAAGGCCCUAUCAUUGUGAAUCGUGUGGCAAAUGUUUUGCUCGUGCCGAUUAUCUCUCCAAACAUCUAACUACACACAUUCAUAAUGCUCCACGCUGAGAUGAGGCGCGAAGGAGAAGACUCCUUCGCCGUUAGUUUUAAUACAACUUUACAGCCCGUGAAAACAACUUAAAACUUAGAUCAAUUGUUAAACAGAGAAAGAAGGAAAAUCAACAAAUAAAAAUUCAAAAUAUGUCGACAUAUGGAUUUUAGCAUAAUACGUAAGAUCUUGGGGUUUAUAUAGAUUUUAUAUAUAUAUAGAUAAGAUAUGUAUAGAGAAAAUACUAAAGAAACAAAACUUAUUUAUAGUUUAUGUUUCAAAUUUUACACACAAAGUGGAAUUGUAAAGAUUUUAAGGAAAUCUUUUACUUUUGAUAUUGUUUCAUUUUUUUCUUUAAUUAUAUUUUUUUUAACUAUAAUAUAUAAGAUUUGAUUUGUUUAGGUGUAUAGAUUUCAUUCAAAUUAAUUAUAGUAAAAAACUGAAAUUCAAUUUUCAUUUGGCUUGCUAGUUGAGAUGGGAACAAAUUAUGGGUAUUAUUUUAUUACUUUUAUAAAUUACAUUACUUUUUUUAAUAACUUUAGUAAAAGUUUAGUAAUAAUAAAAAAAAUAAAUUUUAUUUUUUGUCUUAAAGGCUCUAAAUUGAAAAUUAAGAAAUAUAUAUGAUUAGGUACAUAUCUGAAACUUAUUUUGGAUUAUAAUUAUAAAAUUGAUUUAAAAAUGAAUAUUAAUAACUAGCACUUUUUGUGGAGUAAAAUUAUAAGAAAAUAUUUUAAAAAAUAUUAAUGUAACGAAAGAAAUGUGGAAUGUUAUGGAAUUUUGUUGCAAUUAGGAAAAUGUCCCUUUCAAGCAAAGAUACCUAAAAUGGUCCUUCGAACUACGAGGUAAUAAAAUUUCAAUUGCUUUCAAAACAUUACAUUAGGAAGUUAAACUUUGAUGUUAAAUAACUUCCAUAUCUUCCCCUAUAUGCAAGUAAGGUUUGUGUUUUGAAUGGUCCUUCGAACUACUACGUAUACAUAUUUAAAACAUGUUUUAAUUAAAACAAUCCAUCAAAUAGCCCUUUUUUGUGUGUGAGAUCAAAAUCAUUUCAAGCAAUGACACCUUUAAUGGUCCUUCGAACUAUGAAGUAAUAAAACUUUAAUUGUUUUCAAAACAUUCUAUUAGAAAGUUAAAUAUACAUAGAAUAUCUAUAUCACUGCGGGUUCUUGGAACUCUUGAUAAGUAUUUUGGGUAUCUUAUUAUCAACUACAACAUGAGAUUACAUAACCUUUUCAGCAAAAAAAAACUUAUCAAUCGAAGCUUGCAUUUCAAAUUGAGGUAUCUAGUAUUGUCCUUCAAACUACAAAAUUGAAACAUACAAUCCAUCAAAUAGCCCUUCUUUGUAUGUGGGAUCAAAGGCAUUUCAAGCAAAGACACCUAAAAUGGUCCUUCGAACUACGAGGUAAUAAAAUUUCAAUUGUUUUCAAAACAUUCUAUUAAGAAGUUAAACUUUUUUGUUAAAUAACUUCCAUAUGUAUCUUCCUCUAUAUGCAAGUAAAGUUUGUGUUUUGAAUGGUCCUUCGAACUACUACGUAUACAUAUUUAAAAAAUGUUUUAAUUAAUACAAUACAUCAAAUAGCCCUUUUUUGUGUGUGAGAUCAAAAUCAUUUCAAGCAAUGAUACCUUUAAUGGUCCUUCGAACUAUGAAGUAAUAAAACUUCAAUUGUUUUCAAAACAUUCGAUUAGGAAGUUAAAUAUACAUAGAAUAUCUAUAUCACUGCCGGUUCUUGGAACUCUUGAUAAGUAUUUUGGGUACCUUAUUAUCAACUUCAACAUGAGAUUACUUAACUCUUUCAAAUUGAAACAUACAAUCCAUCAAAUAGCCCUUCUUUGUAUGUGGGAUCAAAGGCAUUUCAAGCAAAGAUACCUAAAAUGGUCCUUCAAACUACGAGAUAAUAAAACGUCAAUUGUUUUCAAAACAUAAGAAGAUAAUUUCCUUCUAAUCAACAAUAUCUAUAUCACUGCCGGUUCUUGGUACUCUGGAAAAGUCAUUCGGAUACCUUAUCAACUACAACAUGAUAUUUUAUAACCAUUUCAAUAAACAAACUUUUCAAUCAAAGCUUGUCCCUCAAAUUACAAAAUUGAAACAUACAAUCCAUCUAAUAGCAAUUCUUUGUAUGUGAGAUCAAAAGCAUUUCAAGCAAAGAUACCUAAAAUGGUCCUUCGAACUAUGAAGUAAUAAAAUUUCAAUUUCAAAACAUUCUUUAGAAAGUUUAACUUUUUUGUGAAAUGACUUCCAUCCAUAUCCUCCAAUAUAUGCAAAUAAUGUUUGUGUUUUGAAUGGUCCUUCGAACUACUAAGUAUACAAUCUUACAUAUUUAAAACAUGUUUAAAUUAAUACAAUCCAUUAAAUAGCACUUCUUUGUAUAUGAGAUCAAAAUCAUUUCAAGCAAAGAUACCUAAAAGGGUCCUCCGAACUACGAGGUAAUAAAACUUCAAUUGUUUUCAAAACAUCUAUUAGGAAGUUUAACUUUUUUGUUAAAUAACUUCCAUAUCUUCCCCUAUAUGCAAGUAAAGUUUGUGUUUCAAAUGGUCCUUCGAACUACGAAACAUAAAAUCUUACAUAUCGUACGCAAACGUGCCAAGUUUUAUUCAAUAAAUUAUACAGAAGUUAAAACCUGUUUUAAUUAAAGCAAUUAAAAAAAUCACGGAAAAAAGUACAAGUUCAAGAAUUGUUCCUAAGAAUGUGUAUUUGUUUUCGAAAGUUUUAGUUCAUUAAUGGACCUAAAAUGGUCCUUCGAAUUGCAAAAUUUUUACAACAUUAAGGUUUUUAAAAGAAAAUACUUUCCAAUCAAACAAAAAUAACUUAAAUAAGAACUAGUUCUAGAAUUGUGUCUAAAAAGAAGUAUUUGAACUGGUUUUGAAUUCAAGAAAAGCUUGCAUUUUUAAUAUAAAAUGGUCCUACGAAGUGUAAAGUUUUAAAACUUCAAGAGUUGUUCGUUCUAAAUGACUUAAGCAAAUUCUUAGUUAGAGAAGCUUGUAGCACAAAGUUUACUAAUCCAAAAUGCUCCUUCAAAUUUAAAAAUUUCCAAAUUUUUAAAUUUUUUAAAACUUACAAACCACAAGGUUCUUAAACAUAAAUUGUUUUCAAAACAUUCGAAUAGAAAGUUAAAUUUUAUUGUUAAAUAACUUUCGUGUCUACCCCUCUAUGCAAGUAAAACACCUUUUUAAACAAAGUUUAGGUUUUAAAUGGUCCUUCGAGCUACAAACUUCUAAAGCUUAAAGGCAAUUUAACAAAAUACUGAAACAUGAACUGGUUUUAGAAUUGUUCUUAAAAAGUAGUAUUUGUUUGUGAAGGCUUAAAGUUCAAAAAAAACUUUUAUUUUAAAUUAAAGGAUCUAAAAUGGUUCUACGAACUGAACACAAAUCAAUUAUUAAAUUUCCUAACAUUUCAUGUUACUUCAUGAUAGUUCACAACACUAAAUUACUAACAAAAAGUGCUUUAAAAGUAAAAUUUCCUUUAGUUUAUUAUUUUUAUUAGAAUUUUAUUUAAUAAU